AUGCAGGAAUACUUGCUUGAAUUAGAUGUGUCUGCACUUACCUCAGCCAGCUCUCUCCCAGGCUUCAUCCCAUUGUAUGUUGGCAUGCCUGUGAUUCUUUGUUCACGCAACCUCUCGACAGAUCUUGGUAUCGUGAAUGGUUCCCAAGGAACAGUCUAUAAGCUAUAUACAAUGGUGUGUCCAAGUGGCUUCACAUGUUGUACUUGUGCUCUUGUCUAUUUUCCUGUCAGUUGA